ACUACAGCCAAUUAGCAUAGUAAAUACAGGGUGCAAUGGGAAGAUUGGUAGCUGUGGACACAGAAAUGACAGCCAGAAAUGGAGGAAGAAGACAAAGAACUGCACAAAGGAGAUGCCAGAAUUACAAGGAUAACAGUCUGCAUAGGCCAGUUGGUGUGAGGCCGAGAGCCCAGUGAAUCUCCGUACCCCCUGAGGACAUCAUUACCUAACAUGCUCCAGUAAUUGAUGUUUCUGAUGCCAGUAUGGACAGAAUAGCUUAUGAUGCUUAUCCCCACCCACCACUUCCGAGACAUUGAGCGGAAGCCAGAAUACCUCCAGCCGGAGAAGUGCGUCCCACCUCCCCAUCCCAGUCCUGUGGGAACCAUGUGGUUUAUCCGCGACGGCUGUGGCAUUGCCUGUGCCAUUGUCACCUGGUUUCUGGUCCUCUAUGCGGAGUUUGUGGUCCUCUUUGUCAUGCUGAUUCCAUCCCGAGACUACGUGUACAGCAUCAUCAAUGGAAUUGUGUUCAACCUGCUGGCCUUCUUGGCCCUGGCUUCCCACUGCCGGGCCAUGCUGACGGACCCCGGGGCAGUACCCAAAGGAAAUGCCACUAAAGAAUUCAUCGAGAGUUUACAGCUGAAGCCCGGGCAGGUGGUGUACAAGUGUCCCAAAUGCUGCAGCAUCAAGCCUGACCGAGCCCACCACUGCAGUGUUUGUAAGCGGUGCAUUCGGAAGAUGGACCAUCACUGUCCCUGGGUCAAUAACUGUGUUGGCGAGAACAACCAGAAGUACUUCGUCCUGUUUACAAUGUACAUAGCUCUCAUUUCCUUGCACGCCCUCAUCAUGGUGGGAUUCCACUUCCUGCAUUGCUUUGAAGAAGAUUGGACAAAUCUCCUGCACACCUUUGGAGUGACCAGGGAAGAAACAGCAGAGGCCCGAAUUUCUCAUCAUGAAAAAGAUCAACCCCUUAAAGUCAGUUCCUCAGAGUGCAGCUCCUUCUCACCGCCCACCACGGUGAUCCUCCUCAUCCUCCUGUGCUUCGAGGGACUGCUCUUCCUCAUUUUCACAUCGGUGAUGUUUGGGACCCAGGUGCACUCCAUCUGCACAGAUGAGACGGGAAUAGAACAAUUGAAAAAGGAAGAGAGAAGAUGGGCUAAAAAAACAAAAUGGAUGAACAUGAAAGCCGUUUUUGGCCACCCCUUCUCUCUAGGCUGGGCCAGCCCCUUUGCCACGCCAGACCAAGGGAAGGCAGACCCUUACCAGUAUGUGGUCUGAAGGACCCCUGACCAGCAUUGACCCAGACACAAACCACAUCCCAGCACUACCGUUCGAUCCGUUCUCAUGAAUGUUUAAACCGAAAAGGCAAAACAACUAAAACUUUUUUAACGUCUCAAGUAAAAUGGCUGAUCAUUGCAGAGAAAAAAAAAAAUGUCCCCAUGUUUUAUUUUUAAAAGAUCAUCCUUUCUAUUUUUGGUGACCGAAGCUGCUUUUCCUUUUUCCUUUUUAAAAUCACUUCUCUGGUUUCCUCUCUGCUGUCUCUCUGGCAUGACUAAUGUGGAGGGCACUGUCUCCGGGCCACAUCCCCUUGUACUAACUGAGUCAUUACACUUGUGCGUGGAUGGACCGGCCUGGAUGCCUGGUUGGGACGCAUAGGAGAGCCAGGAGGACCCAUGACUUCCCACUGCCCAGGAGGCAGUGGCAGGCGCCCCAUAGGACCUAAAACCUCACUGAAGAUGGAUGCUUACCCCUUGUGUCCUGAGAGGGCCAGGAUCGGGGCUGGAGCCCUAAGAAGGAUCCUUGUCACAGCAGCCUCAUCCCCUGUGUGUGAGCACAGUUUGCCUCCUAAUUCACAAAAUUGAUUGCCUGCCUGGUACUUUAUGGGCUUGGAGGGUGUAGGAUGACUUUGGGGGUGAAGUGCAGAGAUGAAAGGGGUCUUAUUUGUAUUCCGAAUCACCAGUUAUAUUUCAACUCUGAUUAUUUGGAAGAAUGUGAAGGAAAGAAGUUUUUUCCAGUUCAAAAUGCCUUACACAAUCAAAAGAGGAAGAAAAUUACGCGGUUUCAGGCAAGCUCCAUUUGCCUUGGUGACAUCUGCUUAAGUUCUGGCCGCCCCACCUCCCGCCCUCUCCGUGUGAUGUCGGUUAAGCAGGGAAACAGCCACGGCCCCACCAUCGACCCCUCCUUCCUCAUUUCAUAAACCUCUGCAGCGGGUUCAGUUUCUGAUGCCUUCACCCCAUAGACGUGCAUGUACCCAUGUCUGGUCUGUAUUUUAACCUGGGAGACUGCUGUCCUGGCGUCAGCUGAUUGUGAUGCAAGGGCAGCAUUACAGCCCCCAAACUUUUUAAAGUUGAGAGACAGCCAUCCCACUGGAGUCAACAGACACACCUCAGCCUGCGGCGCCAAGACUGAAAUAACUAGCUGUUCCACUUGGCACACUUGUGUAUUGAGCCUCAUUUGAAGGAGGAAAGGCCUGGAAACAGAAGGGGAGGUGAGGGGAUGGGGAGUGAGUGUGAAAUGCAGAAGUCACAGAAAUCUGAAUACUGACCAUCUCACACGUGGAUUUGUUUUUUAAGUGAUGACCACAAACAUUUUUUUAAUCUAUUGCCUGGGGUAGGGUGGGGGUGAGGCUUAUUAAAUCAGCCCAGGGUGGGGAGAGAGUUCAUCUAGCCAUGCGAUCUUUCAGAAAAAGUGGAACAUGCAGCCUCUUUUCACUUCUGUCAGUGCUUCCACCUGGAAACAAAAUGCAAUAAAAUUUUUCCAAAACCA